UUUUUCAGCAGGUGCAGAAACUGAUCAUGCGUAUUGAAACACCAAAUCAAGAUGGCGUCUACAGAAGAAGUUUUGGUUUGGACCCCAGAACUCGAAGUCAGUUUGUUUCAUUCCAUGAAGGGUCACAAGCCAGUAGGGAUAAAUCGACAUUUUCAUAUGGCGUGUAUUCACGAUAAAUUCGCAACGUCGACUGGCAAAAGAAACAUUUCGUCCAAACAAAUAUGGGAACAUUUACAGGAACUGUACAAUCUUCAAGCUUUGGAUGAUCUUGAGAGUGUGCCAUUUCCAAAUGAUGAAACAGAUUUCAAUUUACCUGAUGAAAUAUUUGAGUCUAGUACCAAGCCUCAUUCGUCUGCAUCUGAAUCAUCUGCUGUGGCUGACGAAGGCAUGACAGCUCUUCUUAAACUCAAACUUCAAGGGUUGGCCAGCAAUUCACCAAGCACAUCCACACCGGAUUCAUCACCGAAGAGGAAGAGGACACGGCAAGUGAACAGUGCAAGUUCUUCACAGCCAUCAUCGCCUCACCCUCCCUCAUCAGUGAAGAGAAGACGGUAGCAACAUCAGACACAAUGUAUUCCUUCAGGUUUGAUUUACAGUUCAGGAGGAUGAAAUUUAUAACUCUCGAUGAUUGCUUAUCAUUGUGUGAUAAACUAUAGAAACAGAAGGGAUAACAUUAGCGGUUGCUCAUCAACCCACAAUAUAUAGCUCUACAUGUACAUUGUACAUGCAGACAAUUUUAUUUUAUUGUAAACAGCUGAGCAAAGGAAUACAUUUAAUAUGUUCCUCUAUUAUGAAAAGCACAUGCCCCUUGAAACUUUCCCUAUUAUUAUUAUUAUUAUUAUUAUUAUUUUUUGGACCAAAUUUAUUCUGUGGUACAACAGUGUCAGAUCAGUAGAGUGGUUGUGUCUGCAUAUAGCAGAGCUUUUCUAUCAAAGGUCAGUAUUAUCUUUAAAUAACCUUCAUUAAUUUGUCAUUCUUAAAACAAAAUAAUUAUGUAUUGGAAUUCUUGGUAUUGUAUUCGGGUAGUAAACAAGAGUGAAAUCUUUUUAGGAGGUCACUAAUUCAGCUGUAAAUUCUUUUUGAUGCUUCUGCCAGGGAUAUUUACACUAAAGCUUGAUAUAUAUAUAUGUAUAGUGCCCCGAAACAUCAAGAUUGUAACAGAGAGCUUCUUUUAUCUUUAAAAUAGUGACAGAGUGGUGCCUUUUUGAAAACUCCCUUCUCUCUUGAAAAUUUGUAUAACAGAUUACUUGGCCAAUUUAUUAGAAAACCUUCUUUAAUCUUAGUUGUUUAACACAUUCCAAGACUUAUGGUCAAAACUUGUUUGAGCAGAUGAAAUGAUGCAUUAUUCUGUUGCAAUGUAAUUCAGUUUCUCAGGGCUUUACAAGUCCAAGGGUGUUAUAUCCUAAAGUUGAAAGCUUGUAGAUUUGCCUGUUUCAUUGUGGAUGCAUUCGCAGCUUUCUUGGUUUUUAAAUGUAUAUAAUAAUAUCUCUAGAAUAUAAUCAGUCGGUACCACCUGCCCUCAAAAUAUAUUAUCAAAUUUAAAUGACCGUAAAAGAAGUGCCAGUAGCUGGUUAUUCCAUGUCAUUAUAAUACCAUAAUUAUUAUUUUAAUUCAAUAUAGGGUUUUGGUCCAUAUAUGGCACAAAGAAUGCCAAAUCUCUGAAGGCUGGAUUUCACUGGUGAUGGAGUUGUAGUCGCAGUUGUUAUCAGAAGUGUAGAGUGAUAUGACCUAGUGAAAAUCAAACCCAUGGAGUCAGAAGCAGAACACCCGUUCCACUUAUGCCCCCGUUACUUACGAUCUAGUGAAAAUUAGAUUGUUGGAGUCUGAAGCAUAAGUGGAAGAAUAAACCAAUCACAAUGUUCGAUUCCAGGCCUUGCGAUUGGUUAGUUCUUCUACUUCUGCUUCCUACUUUGACAAUCUAGUUUUCAGUCAAUCAUGAGUGAUGGAGUUGUAAACAGAAUCAGAAGAAAUGGAAACGUUUGGGUUCUUCCGACUCCGAUUCCGUCGAGCUUAUGACUCUCUUACGACUCCGAUUUUCACUGGGUCAUAAGCGCUCUUACGACUCCGACAACAACUCCAACUCUGACUCCACUGCUAGUGAAACCAGCUUUUAAAGUGUGCUUGUAUGAUUAAGAUUUCAAUGGGAGCAUAAUUAUAGCACACAUGCUUAAGUCUUGAUAAAGUUUGCCUUUACAAAUUGAACUUUUAAUUGAUUAGAAAUGAUACUAUGAAACCUGAACGUGUACAGGUCAGCAUUUAUUGUAAGUUAUUUAUUAUACAUGUACAACUGUAGAUUAAGAUCUAUGUUCAUCUCUGGUUAGGCUAAUCAGAGGCUAGAUUUAUGUGCAAAUAACAAAUCCAAUCAAUUUCCUUCAAGAGACAGGAAAUUAAAACACCAUACAUGUAGGUUGGUGUUUUUUAAAAUUUAAUUUACCUAAUAUUUUUACUUUUAUUUGAAUUUUUUAAGUUGCCAUUUUUUUUUCUAUGACAAGGCCUUCUGCGAAUGUUCAUAAAAACAUCUUUGUGUUUCUUCUGUAGCUCGCAGUGUAUAUUUUGCUUUCUGAAAGGUCAUCUAACUUCUGAUUUUUAGUAACAGAACAUUGCAAAUUUGCAUUCAGUAAGUGCUCAGAAUUUAACAGGUUUCAUUGUAAUCACUGUGACUUACUCUUGUUGCCUAAUUAUCUAACAAAGUGGAGGAGUUUUUUGGAACAUUCUGGACACCAUAAGGUAAAACGAAAAUCAAGUACAUGUGCAUGAUGUGGGAAUGUGAAAAUGAUUGCCGCAGAUUUAAGUAAACAGAAUAAUUGUGUUAAGGAAAUGUGCACCAAAAAUACAAGAGGCAGAGUUUCUAUAGAACAGUACUGUUAACUUGGGAAGUUGAAGUCCUAAAAAAAUUAACACAAAACGAAAAAGAAAAAAAUUAGCCAAAAAGUGUCUGACUCAGAGAAUUGCUUCUGUAGAAAUAAUGGUGUAAGUAUAGUUGUAAAUACAUCUUAAAGGCCAUGUGAAUUAGCCAUUUAGGACAGCUUUGUUCAUUUAAAAUCUAAUUUAUUCAAGGAUAGUUGAUAAAAUUAUUCAAAGUGAUUCAGUGGAGAGAAUUUAAUUUUGAUCAUGAUCAUAGGACUUGAAGCUAAGAAAUAAUGUGAGCAACAUUUGGGAAUAUGUGGGAAGAUUGAUGACUGUAUUAUAAUGCAGUGCCAUUUUGAGAGGGAAUGCUGUUCUGGAGCUACUGGUUCUGUUUGAUUAAAAUGAACCAGCAAACUUGAACUGUGUGAGAAAAAAUGUUAAGAAAGAACUUAUUGGUGUUUGUUAACAUUACCACCUGCUUACUCAAAUGAACUGGACUUCAAUCAAGAUGUCAGUUUCUCAGAGAGGAAUCGGUUUUAAGCAUGAUCGUUAUUGUUGGGAUGAAAUGUGUGGUUCCAGAAAAUAUCCAUACUUUCCCUAUGGAAGGGAUUUUUUCUAAGAACCCCCUCCCCUGCCCCA